UCUGCCGGACUGAAGAGUUCACACUGUCGACUUAACAUACUGAGGCUAUGUCGGUGUAAUCUCACUUCUCAGUCCUGUAAAAGUUUGUCUUCAACUUUACAAUCCUCAAACUCCGUCCUGAGAGAGCUGGACCUGAGUAACAAUGACCUGCAGGAUUCUGGAGUGAAGCUUCUUUCUGAUGGACUGAAGAGCUGUAAGCUGGAGAUUCUGAGACUUUCCAUAUGUAAACUCACUGGUCAGUCAAGUGAAAGUUUGUCUUCAGCUGUACAGUCCUCAGACUCUGUCCUGAGAGAGCUGGACCUGAGUAUCAAUGACCUCCAGGAUUCAGGAGUGAAGUUGCUUUCUGACGGACUGAAGAGCUGUAAGCUGGAAAUACUGAUGUUUGAGUUUUAA